UAUAACGACAUGGAAUGAAGUUGUUUGGUUCGACUGCCGUUGUUUUGAGUCGAUGGAGGGAAAAUUUCUCGACUUUUUUAGUUGGAUAAUUUCACCAUUUUAUCCAUGACAACCGGAAUUUUAAGGUGGAAACCAUGGACGAGGAUGAAGCUAAAACCAUAGCCAGUGACUGGAUUCGUCGAAUAGAAGCUUCAUUACUGGCAAAGGUCUCUGACAAACAUGACAACACAAUUCCUGAAGACCAUAUUUAUCACCGUCAUCAUCAAGAUUGCUCCGUCAGCAAUAGUUUUAGCCAUGAUGAUCUUGAAAGAAAACACCUAGAUCUUGAGAAAACGAGCUCAGAUGAAAAAAUAUAUCAUGAGGCAACUGGAUUGCCGAGUGAGAAAGAGUUGUUUUGUCAAGAAGUAGACAUUUCUACAAUCAAAAAUCCUUGCGAAUCUUCUUCCAUAUCUCCUGGAAUUACUAGUAAUAAUGCUUCUGGCAGUCCUAGGAUUGACCUUGAAGAUCUAAGGAAGAAACGCCWUGUUCGGUUUGAGAAUUUAAGCGACUGUGCAGCAAAAUCCAGUGACGAAAACUCUAAAUGUUUCAGCCCAGAAGAGCUUGAACAAGACAAAAUGCUGCAGUAUGAAGCUAGUUCUUUUGGAAUGGAAGAAAAUUCCUUGAGAGAGAGACAGUGGAACUCCAAGCCUCGUAGUUAUGGAGGUACUAGGGCUAUCAGUGAUGAAGAUGACAAGUUGAGACUAGAAUUAUGGGGCCUAAGAGGUGCUGUAGAGUCAGGACAGCUUGACAUAAAUUCCUACCUUGGACCUAUGUACUCUGGGAGUAAAAACUUAGGUCACUGUUCUGAAAAUGGGCUUAAAGAAGAGUCACGUUCUGGUAACGUUGAAACUUUUGAUAAUUCUUCUGUAAGUCAAGAGUGUUUCUCAAUUAGAGAUACUAACUUCAACCUGGAAAAAAAGCAUCAAAAUCAAACCAAAACACCUGCGUCGUAUAUGACAGAAGAAAAUAAUUCMUGGAAAGAUGAGAAUAAGUCACCAAAUAAAGUCCUGGCUGGGAAAUCCAGUCCUGUUUCUAGGGGUGAUAUCAAUGGAAUAGAGAGUAAUUGCCAUGGUGAUGGUAAUACUAAAGAGGAUUUCACRAGGUUCAGUUUCACAAAGUCUGGUGAGUCUAGCCACACUGGCAAGGGAGCAGCACCCUGGCCGCAGAUUGAGGGCAAGCUGUACAACGGAUUUGAAACCUCUGAUUCAGAAAGUAGCUUAAGUGUGCCGAGUGUACGUCAUGGAAACAAAUCCAAAAAUUUCCACAACGAAUCUGAUUUUACAGAAUCCAAAAAGAUCAAACCAUUAAAAUCGGGCAAGGGAAAACAAAAGAUUCUUGAUGAACUAACAACAUUCUUAGAUUCUGAGAGAAAYAGCAAAAAAUCUGCUAAAGAAAGUGCGCGAAAGACACACAAGCUUUCUGAGGAGACAAAACGUGUGAGGAGCCCGGUUCUUUAUGGAGAUACCUCAAUGAAUUCAGUAUCAUUUUCUAAUGAGCCUGCUUGUUCGAUAAAGCCUGACUUGUUGCCUAAUCCUGAAGCUAAGGCUUCUAAAAUUACAAGUGAAGGUUAUUCUAUGUCUUCUGAUUCACAAUAUCAAGAAGUUGAUUCACAACACAAGACAUCUAAAUCAACAUAUGGAAACUUGAAAUUGUUGUCGUCCGUACUUGCAAAAGAGGAUUGCAGUGUAGGUUCAAGAGGAGAAGAAAGGUCUGCCUCUAGUGGAACACAGAUGGCUAAAGUAUGCAAAACAUGCCAAGAAGUGAAUAGCAAGGCAGCGAAUUGGUGUAUCGAGUGCGGUACAGCACUGAUUAAAGUGGAACCUGUGGUUUUGACCACAGAGCAGCAGAGUAAAUACGAAAUGCAAUGUCAGGAGACAAAGACCCUUAUUGCUGAAGCACUGAAUUCCAACAAGCCAUUAAAAAACGGAUCAAAAACCAUGAGUAAAACAGAGAGAGAUUUAUAUAAGGAUGUCUUGAACUUAUCAAUGGAAGUUGAAAAGAAUUCUGGUUUUAGUAACGAAUCACUUCAAAGUAAUUUGUCUAAUUAUAAACGUCGCUGGCAAAAAUCAAGUAUAGCUUGGAGUUCGUUUGAACCCCAGGAACUCUCGAAGCCUCCAUCAGUUGGGAAAACAAACGGCAAGGAAAAAGAAAUGGGAGCAAACAAAAACAGAAGUGGAAAUAACKUCAGGAGUCGAUCAUCCAGUGACCUCUUGGCUACUGAGGGAACUCAUAGAAAACAUGGGAACAAAAAUGGGCAUUCUAAACCAGGGGGACGACGCAGAACAACCAGUGCUAAUUAUUACUCUGCUGAUGACUACGAUUCAAAAARCCACAUGCCAAUCAAUUUUGAAUUGUCCAAUCAGGAAAGGACUCAUAAAGACAAGCUAUUGAGUAAGCCAAGACCUGUCAGUGCUAAAUUAAAYAACAAAAGUCAGCUAACAAAGCCGCAGAAAAAGAGACCAUCAAGUGCGAAACCAAGAACCUCUUCUCAGUCCUCAAGCCCGGAUCUUUUGUAUCCUGAAAAGGGGGAAAAACUGGAUGGAAGGGAAAGAAAAAAUGACGGCGUACAUGUACAGGUUCCRCAUCUUAAUCUAGACGUCCUUCGUCGGAGUAAAAGAGANAUAGGAAGCUAUGACAGGAUCUUGACACUGAUUCGUUCUCAGCGUGACUGUGAGCCRGUUCCCUAUCUCUACCUGCCUGAGGAGCUCAUUCUUCAGAUCUUCUCCUAUCUACCAAUGAAAGACAAGGUGUCGUGUGCUCAAGUUUGUUGGCAGUUUUACAGAAUAGCAAUGGACGAAUCUCUCUGGAGAACCAUAGUUAUUCGCAAGAACAAAAACAUCAACGAUGGUUGGUUGGAGAGCAUUGGUGAUCGUCACCCCACAAGUCUGACAAUUUCUCAAUGUUCUGGUAAUAAAGUUACUUCAAAUGGAUUGAGGAGUUUUUUUAGAAAGUGUAGUAGAACUUUAGAGGAGUUGGACUUCAGUGGCUGUAGUGGUGGAGAACUCAUUGGUGAGUCUAUUCUUCUUCACGUUGCUGCUCGUUGUUCUGGUGUAGUGUCAGUAGAUGUAAGCUGGACAAAUGUUAGUGACAAUGGUGUGGAAGCUCUAACAGAAAACCUUACCAGACUUGAAUGCUUGUGCUUGAAUGGCUGUCAGGCCAUCACAGACAAGACACUGACAUGUGUAGCAGAUAAACAUGGAGAAAGCCUGCGGAUAUUUGAAGUGUUUGGAUGUUUCAACAUCACACCAGCAAGUCUCCAAGUAUUUGCCAACAAGUGUGUUCAUCUACAGACUUUGAAUAUUGGCCAGUGUCAUAAGAUGACUGAUAGUGCUAUAGGGAAUCUUGUGUCGCAUUUGCCUGAACUGGAAAACCUGGAYCUACGUGGCUGCAAGCAGGCUCGUGAUUCUGCAGUGAAGAAGRUAGUUCGUCACUGUCCUCUCCUAACAUCUCUUGUCCUUGCCAACUGCCCUCUGAUCACAGAUGUUGCUUUAACGGAAAUAUCUACAAAUUUGCCUGCAAUCAAGUGUUUAGAUAUUUGUGGCUGUGCUAACAUCACAGAUGCUGGGGUCCGUGCUCUUGCCCGGUGCUGUAACAAACUCGAGCUUUUGGACCUCAGCUCAACUGGUAAUUCUGUUACAAGUAAAAGUAUUGUAUCCCUUGGUAACUACUGUAGCCAGAGUCUACAAGUACUCAAGCUUAGCUUCUGUGCAGAUGUAAACAUUCGUGCUGUAAACCAGCUUGCAAAGAACUGCAAAAA